UACAUACAGCAAAAUACUAGUCGCAUGAAGCCAGAAGGAAAGGGAAGCUGGGAAGUGGUUGGUGUUGAUGCAAGCAUCGUACGCGCUAGCUGCCGAGUCAGUCAGUCAGUCAGUCAGUCAGUUAGUUGGCUCAGCACCGGCGAAGCCGAACGUACGUGAACGUAUUUUCUGUUCCGUUGCCGUCGGCAAUACCUCCUUCCGCAAUUCUUGAUUCACAUUAAGUAAAACGGCUUUCUUUCACUUAACUGAUAAAAUAGCUCAUGAUUCUUAUCAAACUCCCACCACUUAGCCCAUCCGUGACAAAUCUAGUAUACGUUAAGAUAUACACACGCACGUAACUGUCAGACAAUACGAAUUGUACUUUUGGUUCUGGUGAACAGUGCCUGUUGAGCCUCAGGAUUACCUUUACACUUCUGACGACCUCCAGGAGUACCUUUACAGCUUUUGUCUUCAUUGCUAAAGAGCAGCGACGAAGUCUCGCAACCUUUCGCGUGCAAACUUUCAAGAAUGAAGAUAUAAGGAGAGGACCCCUCACAUAUUAUGCUCUACGGUAGCAGCAAUGUCGGCGCAAUGUACUCACUUCGUGCAGAACGCAUGGAAGAAGGAGCUGUGUUCAAACUGUUUCAAACCAAAAGAGGAACAUCUGGUUCCGGGCGAUGCGACAAAGUUUAACGUGGGAAAGUCAACGAUCGUUAUGAAAGUCGACAGCCAUAAAUUACAGAGUAUUCUCAAGGGAAAUACGUCUUCCCAGACGAAGAAGAAGAAGGUCGCCUUCCCGGAUACUCUCACGGAAAUAAUCGGCUACGGGGGCGACGACUUCUCCGAUUCGGAGGAAUUCGAACUGAGCGAAUCUACGAGCUUGGAGGACGAGACGCCGGAUAGCGAGGAGGAGCGGGCUUUGAGUAACCUGACGAGAGCCAAUACGAACUUUAACACAAUAAUUGCAAAUUUGUCCGAAGUGGCGCCACAGGAGGCGAAGAAGUCCUUUGCUUCGUUGAUGUUAGGUAAAGUGCAGAAGGACGCCGACGGCAAGAAGAAGACACUUUUGGUGUCCGUGACACCUUUCGGAGGUGACUGUACCGUGCCAACGGCUAAAAGACCUAGCGAUAAGAAGGUCAGCCAUUCGAAUCUGUCGAAAAAAUGUGGAGACGUUGCUGGGGAUGGUAAGACGGAAGUGACGCUGAAGAGCGUCAGAAGCACCGAAGAGAAGGUGUCCAGGAACGAGAAGCAGGGUCAGAACGAAAGCUUGGAGAAGAUUGUCGACAUGCCGCUGAUAACCUCGAGCAAUUUGAUUUCUGUAAUACAAAAAAGUGAUACGUUGACAGGUGGCGACGUGGCCUCCAGGAAAAGUACGGAGAGUCUUCAGAAGUCCGGCGACGGGGAUACCUCGAGACAGAUACACGAGAAGAAGACGACUUCCAUAACUAGGACGCCGGCUAUAAAGAAGACUGAAAGCGAGAAGCCUAAGAUCUCUAUGCAGAAUUCUUACAGUAAGAGCGAGUAUAUCGUUGCUAAGGUGACUAAGCAGGAAGACUUCUCACGCGUCGAGGAGACCUCAAUGAGUUUUAGUACUGGAAUCGAAUUGACUCUCACUCCUUUGAGUAAGCCAAGUGAGAAGGUAGCUACCAGGAAUGCGGAGAACGAGGAAAAGUCGAUCCUGUUAAAAGGGAAAGACGUGAACAAGGUCACCGUGGUCGGAGAGGAGAAGCACCAGGAGGUAUCAACGCUUGAUGAUCGUGAGGUCGAGGGUCAAGCGGCGCCAGAAUCUCUAAGAAAAUUUAGUUUCGAGGAAAGUCGUGAACUUGCUGGUGAACCUGAUGGUAAGGCGGACGAAGAGGUCGGUGAACCGCCGGCUCUACCCAGGAGUCCACCUCCGAUCGAUUCCAGACCCUCUAGAAGUGCCCAGGGUGAGAAAAAGAACGAGCCAAGGUCGUCUUUUCUUCAUGGCGGCGAUGCCAAGACAAAGCCUGUUGUACCUCAGAAGCCGGUUUCUCUGCCGCCGAAGCCGACCGGCCUCCCAAAGAGUCCAACGUCUUCCAUAGGACCGUCUUUUAAAAAAACCAUCACCACUAGCUACGUCUUGCCACCGCCGUCUAUUCAGAAUGCGGCUUUACAGGGUUCGCUCACCACUCGAAAUAACUUGGGCGACAAGACCCAGUCUGUCGCUUCUUCUCUUCAGAGUUCCAGUUCUGUGAACUCUGCUGCUCGGUAUUUGCAAUCUCAGACGGUGAAGGCGGUCCAGGUAUCCUUGACGGAGGUCAGAUCAUCCCAGAAGAUUUUUGAUGACAGCGCCAAGACCAAGAGUGACAAUACCAGCUCACAAUCAUCCUCUGCGAGUGGUAGUACAAAAGUUGCUCCAAAGUUAAGACCUCCCGCGUUGACUAUUCCUCGGAGUCUUCAAAACGACCAGGAAGAGGACGACGAGGAAGAGGACGACUCUUCUGGAAUAUCCGCUGAAGUCACGGCCGAGCUUAUUCGCUCGCCGAACAAGAGGAGAAUGGCACCCAAGCCACCGGCUACGCCGACGGAGGAACUUCCUGGUUCGUUGUUCGCCAGAAAUCCUAGCGCUACGGUCAAGUCUGACUCUCCGGUAGUUCGUGAGAAGGAAAAGAGAGAAAGAGCCUCUUCUUGUAGUCCUAAGUUCAGGAAGGCCGUCUCCGAGACUCCUGAUCCAUGUAUCCAAACACCAGAGCCAGCACCCAGGAGGACUAUAUCCUUGUCUCAGGAUAGUCUUGCGAAUCCUGACAGACUAGAAGAGAAAAAGAAGACACGUUCACGAUUCUCAUUAAAGAAAUUUCUCCGGAUGGGCUCGAAAAAGGACGCGGACAUGAUACCUGGGGGAUCGUCGCCUAAGAUAGAUGAGAUACCAUCCACACCACAGCCCAAACAGCGUCUCGAAAUUAUUCAUCCUUUGGAACUGGACGGAGCCGCUGUAGAAGUAGUGAGUAGCGACAGGAUUGGCAGGAUCGGCAGUGACGUCACAGACUCAAAAGCAGAAUCUAUUCAAUCGUCUCAUCAACAAUCAACGAGCAACGCUCAUCACGUUGCAACUCGACCAGGUAAACCGCCUCCACCGCCAAGGAAUCAAUCACUUGAUGAUUGGUCCAGAUUGGAUCCCGCGAAUAAACCAGCAAGGCCACCACCGCCUAGAACGGAUUCGAAAUUACCACCUAGGGGUGAAAAACCAUCCCCUAAAACCUGGCAACCUACAUCCACCCCAUCCUCAGCAUCCGACUCGAUAUAUGCGAAUCUGGCAGGUGAGGAUGUUACAGGUGAGGUACGGAGUGCCCUGGCACCAUCGAAACCUCAAAGAACAGCAAGUAUGAGGGACCAGGCGAUGUCACUGCCUCCCUUGAAGAAGCGCACGGCUGCGUCACAGCCGCAAAGUCAGGAUUACGAAACGGUCGGAUCGGCAGCGCCACCUAUGUCUGAUUCACCGACCUCCAACGACAGCCACGCAUACGAGUGUCUAUCCAGUUCGCCGGAAUGCGAUUUGAAUAUUGAACUUCGACAUGGUAAUGGGAAUCGUGAAAAUUGCAAGAGGAAAUCUGACAGCAGUGCUCUGGAUCCUAAUGUCGAGUUCAAGUAUCAUCAUCAACCGUUUAUCAGAUCGACUUCGUUGCCAUACUGUGGCAGUGAAACUGAAAGUGAACUUUAUGCUCCUUACAGUUUUUAUACUGGUGACGAGGGUCCUGAAGACGAUCAGGAUUGGAAAAACAAGGACGACGAGUCUAGAGUCAGUAGACUUCGACAACGUAGAGGGAGGGGUAUUGUUCAUCGAAGUCUGGAAGACAAUUAUGGCGCUGUUAUCGUAGCGAAUCAUGAGGCAUUAGCACAACUAUUGGAGCAACUAAAUCAAGUAUCCCCUGUUGCUGUUGGAUUGCGAGGACUUAAAGCCGCAAGUCCUAGGUUUACAGACUUUCAUUUGGACACAAGUUCCCCGGUUCCAAUCGGCAGGAGGAUCUUUUACUCUGCGACCUGGAACGAGCACAGCGUCACUCUUUGCAUUGCCUUCGACCUAGCUCUUCACGUAUCCAGAAAAGAGUUCUACCUCGUUCCCAUCGUCGAGUUCAUGGAUUCUGUACCUGAGGAUAUCUUGGAGAAGACCACACUGUCGGGAAUAACAAAUUUAGAAGCUACCAUUUCCGUCUUACCCCGCCUACAAGUGAAUACCAUCCAAUCAUUCGCUGCCAUCUCAAAAGACUCCAAGGAUGAUAACGUAAUCAGAGAGUCAUCUUUCAUUCUCUUACAAUUCGUCAAUGCCCUAAAGAGUUUGCAAGCACGUGGUAUAGAAGAAUCACCCAAGAAUUUAAGUAACGUUGUUCUCUGUAGAGAAGAUAAAGAUGCCUGCUAUAGACUCUAUCUGCUUCAAGGGUUGAACAUGGAUGUGAGCGAUGAGCGUGAGGAGGAAAGAGUCUCGUUAUGUCAGUGCGCACUGGUAGCACUACAGGAACUGUUCCUGACAAGUAAAUUGCCAUUAAUUCAAGAGUUGUUGAUACGUGAAAAGGCAGUAACCCUGUCCCAGGUAAAAUCUGUAUUGGAAUUCUCUCUGUGGGGACCAGCAGACACAACACUGGGAGGUCCACGUGAAAGAGAAGUUGUCCUUCAAAGAUGGCUGGAUCUUGAAAGAGCUACGGUUCUUCAUGCUUUGGUCAGAGCUAGAGCUCCAUUGACAGUAACCGAUGAAUAUCAUUUAUUAUUCCUGGUACGAACCAGUGCAAAAAUGAUGUGCGAAGCAUCCAUACUUUUAGAUAGACAGCGUAAUACACUGGCACGUGCCAGUUAAGUUUUAAUAAUUUUGAUAUUCUAUAUUAUGUAAUAAUACCUUAUGGAAUAUUUGACCAAAUAAGAACAGGAUGGGUAUUCCUGAUUCUUUUUGUUUUAUACGUGAUAAUGUAUGAAAAUAAUACGUAAACUUGUAUCAAUGCUCAAUUUACACUGAAGAGAAUGUAAGUUUGUCCUCACUAUGUAUCUCACGUAGUGUGCUGAUGACCUCCCUAAAUUAUUUGACCCUCAAUGAGUAGGGUCGUGAAUAUCUCAUAGAAUUACUAAUUAUUAUGUUGACUCUUAAUGGAGAGAAUAAUUUUUGUUAUGAGUGUAUACAUGGUAUAUCGAUCAGUUUCGUUAUUAACCGCUCAACUACUAAUAUUAUAGAUAGUACAGAUAUAAAUAUAUUUAAAUACUUUAGUCAAACUUUUGUACUUUUAAAACCCGGCAUGCAUAUUUUGUACAUAAUCAUACUCACGUAUUUUAUAUUUAUAAUCAAAACAUACUAAGCACUGAUCUGAUGAACAAAUGGCACUGUGAAUAUUGUCUAAAGAUAUAUAAAACUUUCUGAA